AUGGCACGAGUCGAAACCACCUUUGGAGCAGAUAGCUCGGCCGUCCGAAACCCCAACCAUGCCCCCUCUGGCCGUGAUCCCGCAGCAACGCUCCAGUCGCCAGUUGGCCCCUCAGUCGAAAUCAAAGACGGACCUCGCACUGAAAUUUUGCAAACAGCUGCUGGGGGCACAGAGACCAGUAGUGGUAGCGAUGCCGGUAGAUCCAGUCGUGCUGUAGACCAUGACCGAGAGCACGCUGGAAAUCGUCACAAUUCGGUUUCCUCGCAGCAAGCGAGUCUUCUACCAACGACUGGCAUCGGAUCCAACAUCGCUGAGCUGGCAGCAAAAGCGCUUGAGACUGCGGGAGUCCCGGAAUCACAAGAUCUACCGGAGCCUGAGACAGCGGGUCAUACGGCUGCGCGCGUUGCAGUUGUUAUACCGAAGCCAGACGAUGAAAGUCAAGUUCAAGCCGGUCAGGGAAGCGUAGGUACGAAACCUGCCGAGCAAUUCAAGAGGCAGACACGCGGCAUGAAUGCAACAACAUCCGAGAGCCUCAGCCGACGAAAACGAAUCGCCACAUCUAGAACCGUACCACCAACCAUCCAGGACACUGCCGGCGAGACAUUGAGCAUCGGAAAGUCAACAGGAAUGGCAAGGCUCACCAGGGUCGCAGUAAGCAACACACCACAGAGUGGCUCGGGUGUUGAUGGCCUUCCAAGAUCAGGAUCGAAACCCCAGACUACCAGCUUGGACAACACUGGAGAGACAAUUGAGACUGGUAAAUCCAGCACUAGCAGCGACGCCUUGAAGGGAAUGCUAAACAAGGCACCUGGAAGAUUCAGAUGA